AUGUCACACCGCUGCUAUUUUCUCCUCACAGUCCCUCUCACUUUCAGCGUACAGUUCCAGUGGAGUGACACGGGGCUUUGCAAAGAAAGAAACGGACAUUAAGAGACCACACACGAGCCAAAAAUGUCAGAGCUUGGUACGGGGAGCCUGUCGUUGGGGGAUCCUGUUUUUAAUUACCAAGAACACGAGCUGAAUGAGCGACUCAAGCGGCUUUACCCGGCCGUGAACGAGGAAGAGACCCCUUUACCCCGAUCAUGGAGUCCCAAGGAUAAAUACAGCUAUAUCGGGCUGUCACAGAACAACCUGAGGGUCCAUUACAAAGGGCAUGGCAAAAAUCACAAGGAUGCCGCGUCCGUACGAGCCACGCAUCCAAUUCCUGCUGCCUGUGGGAUCUACUAUUUUGAAGUCAAAAUUGUCAGUAAAGGUCGUGAUGGCUACAUGGGAAUCGGCUUGUCUGCACAAGGGGUCAACAUGAAUAGACUGCCUGGAUGGGACAAGCACUCAUAUGGUUACCAUGGAGAUGACGGGCAUUCCUUCUGCUCCUCCGGGACUGGCCAACCAUACGGUCCAACUUUCACAACGGGUGACGUGAUUGGCUGCUGUGUUAACCUCAUCAACAACACUUGCUUUUACACCAAAAAUGGCAUCAGUUUGGGUGUAGCAUUCACAGACCUCCCUCCUAAUUUGUACCCUACUGUGGGGCUUCAAACUCCGGGCGAGAUUGUCGAUGCAAACUUUGGACAGCAGCCAUUUGUCUUCGACAUUGAGGACUACAUGAGUGAAUGGAGAGCUAAGAUCCAUGGGAUGAUCGCUCGCUUCCCAAUAGGAGAAAGGCUGGGUGACUGGCAAGCUGUCCUGCAGAAUAUGGUGUCGAGCUACCUGGUCCACCAUGGAUACUAUGCCACUGCCACUGCUUUUGCCAGAGCAACGGAGACCAUGAUACAAGAAGACCAGACAUCUAUAAAGAACAGACAAAGAAUACAAAAGCUGGUGCUGGAAGGGCGUGUGGGUGAAGCCAUUGAAGAUACUCAGCAACUUUAUCCUGACCUGUUAGAACGCAACCCAAAUCUUCUGUUCAUGUUGAAGUGUCGUCAGUUUGUGGAAAUGGUAAAUGGUACAGACAGUGAGGUUCGCUGCUUGACCAUUCGCUCCCCCAAGUCCCAGGGAAGUUACCCGGGUUCCCCCAAUCUUAGCCCUCGCCAGGGGGCUGGAAAUUCACACAUGCACACAGGAGGUGUAGACAGCCCAACAUGCAGUAAUGGGGUGACUCCCUCCAAAAAAUCAAAGAGCCACAGUAGCAUUAUUAGCAGCAACAUGAAAUACCCCAGCACGUCCUCCUCAGCCUCCUCAUCCACCUCCUCCUCACCUUCAUCCAUCAACUACUCUGAGUCUAAUUCUUCUGACUCCACCAAGAGCCAGCCGCACAGCAACCAAGAAACCAGUGACAGUGAGAUGGAGAUUGAAGCGGAACACUACACUAAUGGGGUUGUUGAGGGCUCAACCACUCGUAUCAUGAAUGGCACAUAUAAACACCAAGAGAUACUUCAGCCAGAUGACAACAGCAUUGGUAAUGGUGUCACAGGAGAGGAGGGUUAUAGAAAUGGCAGACAACUUUGUGGAGGGAACCAGGCAGCUACAGAGAGGAUGAUACAAUUUGGAAGGGAACUUCAGGCACUGAAUGAAAAGCUGUGCCGGGAGUAUGGCAAGAAUACAACACACAAGAAGAUGUUGCAGGAUGCAUUCAGCCUGUUAGCGUAUUCUGAUCCGUGGAACUGCCCUGUGGGCCAGCAGUUAGACCCCACACAGAGAGAGUCACUCUGCUCCGCACUCAACAGCGCCAUACUGGGUUUUUGUUUAGUUGCACUGAGAGAAAGGACGUGUCCAGCAGGUGGUUGUCAUGGCUCCAGAGAAGAAAGCAUGCGUGUGAUUGGUGUGUUUGGCUGACUCUCAGCGGCGGAGCUGGCAGCCCAGACAGAAAAAGCAGAGAGAAGAGUAGAAAAGAAAGCUUCCUUUUUAAUUUAGUAUUAUCAAAUAAAAGUGUGACGUUAUUUAAAUAUUAAUUAAUUAUAUUUCUGUUAAGCUAGACAUUUUUUGGUCAGAUUGUAGUGCUCAUCUCUGCCAAACAAAUAGUCAUUCUCCUUUUUUGCUCUUCGUUGGUGGAUUUUGACUCCCAACAAUACGUUUUUGACAGAUUUAAAUUUUGAGCUUCACCACAUCUUAUGCCACACCGCCCACAACUGGUUACCAUGGUGACCCUCACAAUAGUUGGUCAUUAUUACAUCAUCCUGAAUAAGAUACAAGUGCCCCUGAAAUAUACACUUGGACUAGUAAACUUUUCACAAUGCAAUACAAAGCAGAACACUGUUACUAUGCUAGGAAAGCAAAAUAAAAGGGGUGAAAAGUUGUUUGCUCACCCAGUGUUGACGUUCAAAAGCUCCAUUUUAAAAGACCCCUGCCCCAAGUAUUAGAUUUUAAGCAGUUUCUAUUUCAUACCAGCAGUUUUGUAAUGGACAGUGCUAUUUAAAACAGUUUUACUGUUUUCCGCCCCCUUUCCCAUUCACACUAAUCAGAAGCCUCAAUUAAAAAAAAAUUGUAUAAGCAUAAAUUGCUUCAAUGCUACAUGGUUACUGACACAACUGAGGACAUGCUAUUACUUUUCGUAACCAUCCUUCGUCGAAAGAAAGAUAGAUAACAAAAGACGUACAUGUUUAUUCAAGUGAAGAAUAUGCAUCAGUUUAUGUACAACAUUUUUCGAAUAAUAACAUGAACAAGUUGUGCUUUUACCAGUUCCCAUCUGCCAGAAAUGUUGUUUGUAACUGACAACUUGAUUUUCAUAUUUUACAGCCAUAAGUCCCUGUAUUGUAUUCAACGGAAAAAUAUCUGGCUUAUUUUGUGGUCAUGUACAACUUGUGUUACUGCUUCAGCCGUGGUAUGAUCAUUUUCACACAUUUAGUCACACAUGAAAAACAAAAUGAGUUGACGUGGUGGCGCAGUUCAAAUAAUUAGAUUCUAUAUUUACUAUAGAAUAAAUAUAGAAUCUUCAUUCCCUUACACAACUGUGAGUGUUUUUUUUUUUGUCUUCAAAUUAAACAUUCACAAAUCUGUCGUGGGAAAAAAAAACCACAUUACAAAACAUUACUUUUAAUCUCGCUAGUAGAAUACAACAAGGUAUGAAUAUUUUUUAGAAAUUAAAAAGAGGUCUUUCCAAAAGGGGUGGUUAUUUUGUUACUUUCAAAAUAGAAGUGGAAUUGAACUUCAUGGAGGCUUAUAAAAAUGACAGAGGUAUCAACAACAACAUUCAUCUUCCUGGGUCAUUGUAUUCAAGCCUGGCGUAUUUACCCUGGCAAGUGAUAUGACAUGGAUUCGAAGUGCAUAAUUCGACAUGAAAAUACUGAAUUAAACAUUUGUAGGAGUUAUGUUUGGUAUUUUAGACCCCCAAUUCUCGACUAUGUGAUCAAACAUCCAAACGUGCUCUUGAUCAACUCAUGUAAGUCAAAUAACCACAAGCACAUCUACUUUUCAGCUUUAAAGGAUGCCUGUUACACAAACAGAACCUCCUGUUUCAUCCCUAAAGGGAGCAUGCCCCUUGCUGUUGCUGAUGUUUGAGCCCAGGUCCCUGCAUAGACAUGACCACUGGUCUGAUCAGUGACUCAUUUUAUGCAAGAGAUUUGUUGGAAAAGGUCCAAGGCCUCGUGGAUAAUGGCUUGAGGCUUUGCAGACAAGAAGUGCACAACUGACUCUCCUAUUGUGAUUUUGAUAUUUUGUUUUCCGUUUUAGCACAACAGUAAUAAAGGAUUUUCUUUUCUUUUUUUAAGUUUAAAAAAAAAUUGUCUACUUAGCAUGACUCUGAAAAUCUAUAUAUAAAAAAAAAAAAAAGUAAAAAUAUAAUUGGAAAAAAAUAUGUACUGGAAAUGUGUUAAAAUGAAGAAAUAUUGUAUUCUGUUAUGACAGAAUUAUUUUUAUUAAAAUACAUCCAUGAGCAUAUGA